UUAUAAUAAAUCUAUAUCACUCUGUCUAUUAUAAUAAAUAUAUAUAACUCUGUCUAUUAUAAUAAAUAUAUAAAGGUUUCCACUUUGGAUCAUUACAGUAUUAUUCUUUGUAAUUAUUUAUAAUUUCUGCAAACAAAAUGUGACAUAAAGUGAAAUUUGUUUACAUUUACUUUGUAUAGAGGCUCUUUUUAUCUCAUUAUAUGUAUAUACCUAUAAACACAUUUAUAUUCUAUAUAUUGGGUUAGAUAUUGUAAUAUAACUGCAACACACACAUUUCUCCCCGUGGAUCAAUAAAGUAUUUCUGAUUCUGAUUAGCUAUAUUUAGUUGGAUAUAAUGUGCUUAACUUUUCCAGUAAAAUACGGUAAAAUACAUUUCUAUAAAAUCCUACAGGAAAUCUGUAAGAAGUCCUAUUAUUGGAAAUCUGUUUUUUAAUCAAUUCGUGUGAAUAAAAUCUAUUUUUCUAAAAAUCCAAAUUUUUACUUUUUUACCUUUAAAUAGAAAUAAAUGUUUAGUUCUUGUAGGAUUUUCAGAGUUUUACUGGAUCUUUAUUGGAUCUUAAUUUCAUUAUAAUUACAAUGCAUUGUAACUACUUUUAUUCUUUAUUUAUGAAUUUCAAGCUACUUUAAUUAAUUUUAUUUGAUCACUUUAAGGUGGCAAAACAAGCAAAAAACAAAAGAAAUGUCAUAUUAUCACAAUAUAAUCGCUAGAAAACAUAUUUUAUUGCUAUUACAUAACAAACUGUUGACAAUCUUGACAUUUAUAUUCAGAUUUUUUAGUCAUAGAUAGUAGUAGUUCAAAUGUUUGCCAAAGCUUAUUUGUUCAAUUGUAUAAAACACAAAGUCCCAUUCAUUUUAAUUUAUGGAUUUAAAGCUACUUUAAUUGCUUUUUUGAUUACUUUAAGGCGGCAAAACAAACAGAGUCAUAUUAUCACAUAACCUACAUUUAGCUCUGUUCAUCAACAGCUGAGAGAAAUAUCUGUUUAACUGUUCAGCUACUAAAUGCUCUUCUAUAUUCAGCUGGUUUCCAAGUGUGUCCUGAAACAAAGCAGUGAAGUUAAAACACUCACAUGUCCCCACUAAUAAUACAUGUUUUUUCUUGACCUGAGUGAUGCAUCUUGCUAUUAGACAAUCUCUGGCACCGCUCAUGAAACCAAUUCCUGUCAUAACCUGCAAAAUAAUGAAUCCACUGCCAACUCCAUCAUCUUUAUAAUCCAUCACCUUUGAGUGGUUUCAGCUCAAACAUUAUCCUCCUUUUAUAAUCUGAGCUCACAAUGACUUUUCCCACUCAUUAAAAGUUUGUGUGCAUGUUACCAUAACAGCCACUUUAAUAGGUUCAACCACAGUCGCCUAAUUGUCCUGUGCUUCUCUCACUGCUGCUGUAAGAGAGACAGAGUGAGUCUGUCAGAACACAAAGCUCUUUUUUAAAUAUCUUAAUACGCUGUUUUUUUCUUUUUGAGGGAUGUUUGGACAACAUCAGAGACGAUUCUCAAAGCUGUUUUUGUACAAAUUUUGGAAUGUGGAAAGAAAAGAAGACAGUAAAACUACAAAAACAUGAACCAGACACUUGUCCUAUGAUCAUGGGCGACGUAAAGGACUCAGUACCCAGGAUAAGAACUGUGAAGUCAAAGGAGAAGAUUAAAGCUACCGCAUCAAACAGGAGAAGUCUCACCACAUGUGAGACAUCAGGGAACAUAAUGAGGCUUUGUGUCAACCUAAUGCCUGUUUUGGCAGCAGCCAAGGAGCCUGUGGAGGAAGAGGAGGGGAAAGAGGAGGAAAAGAGUAAAAAGGGACCAGAAACCAGGAACAAUAACGACCCAUCUGUGGAAGAAACACUUGAUCCAUGUGGUUCUGACUCAGGAUUAGAUUUGGACGCAGCGUCUGACACCAAACUACCACCAACUCCUCGGGUUGUGCUGCCGCCUUUAAACCCUAAACCUGCUCCUGAGUGUCAGAAGACCAAGAGAUGUCUCACACCUCUUCCUCCCAUCAGUUCAUCAGAGCAAACCGGGGCCAUCUCUUCAAACUUUACAGUAAAAAGCUGCAGAGGCGACGAGUUAGUAGCAGAACAAGCACCAGACAGCAGGGCCUGGAUGGACAACACCCUGUUCUCUAAACCUAGAUCUGCUGAGUUUCUUCUUCCUGACAUCUCCUUGUGCAGUCUGGACGCUCUGCUGCAGACGGUCACAAAGAAACUGGGGAGGAAGAGGACUGAUGGUGACGAAGGACCAUGGAGACGUGUCACGGCUGUCUUUGAACAACGUUUGAGAGGGGAGAGUGUCGGGCAGCAGGUCGACACCAAGAUCAACGAAGCAACAGAAACAUCGGAGCGUAGAAGCAACGUAAACAGACCUAAACCAACGCUCAUCCUCACGAUGACGAAGAAGAACCUCCUGACUUCGACGUCGCAGCAGUGAAAACAACAAACUGGACUUAUGACACACAGCACAGUGUUUUUAGAAAUGAUACAGGAAACCAUAUCGUUUUAUUUUCCUUCAGGACGAAACAUUCACAACAGACAUAUACCCGUUUUUUUUUUGUCUACACUAGCAUAUUUUCAGUAUAUAAUAUAUAUAUAUAUACACAUCUUAUAGUAGAUGCACAGGUAAAUUAAUGUUCAAGUAGAACUUUUCAAGCAUAAUAAAAGUACAUUCAGUAAUAUAGACUUUUUUUCCAAAAUGAGAAAUCCACCAUUUAAAUGAAUGUUUAAUGUUAUAACGGUUUUCAUUUUGGAAUUAAACUCUUCUGAUACUGUU